UUUCCUCCCUUCUGUAAUAAGCAGCCAAUGAGUUCUCACGGAAGGUGAUAAUUCUGACUAAAAUUACAGAAUAAAGCCGCCAGUUAAAAUCAAGGAACGGUUGUGCUCGUGGUUACUGAAGGGAGCUACAGUGAGAACUCAAUGCUCUUCACGAGCAAGAGAGAAAGAAGAAUCACAUCCAGCUGUAAAACGUCUACAAGAUUCCCAAAUCCUGGUAGACCCUGUCAUCUGCCAGAUAAGAGUUUUGCACCUACCUGCAAACUAAGAAGAAAAUCUCCACAUAAGGAAGCAUCGUGAGGCAACAUAAGGUCAAGACUAACAGGAAAGUCAGACACGCAAGUACAAGUCAAGGUGUUUGAAGGUGGUCCUAGCCUUGUGAACAGCUAAUAAGAGACUUUAAGAUUACAAUUCGUAAGGACUGGAGAUAGUUGUCUAUUUCAUAAAUACUCUGGUAUUAUGCAUUUGCUCUUUCUAUCUUAAUGUAUCACUGGUAUGUGUAUUACUGAAAAAUAUUAUUUGAUACUUACUAAAAAUAUAUAUAUAGUCACAAACAUUAAGGGUCAGCAUACACCUAUUAAUUAUAUAUUCACAUGUAAGUUAAUAGUGUAAUUGUUUGGUAAGGUGUUUGUUCAAGCCUUUGUUACAAGCAUUAUACAUGUUUAUACCACGUACUGAGUUUUAAAUUACAGUGAAUUAGAGUAUAAAUUACCUACUCACUUAUCCAAACCUUAGCUAGAAUUGAUUUGACUUGAUUUAGAAUGUCAAAAAGAGGUAGUUUCACUAAAGGUGAUAGAGAUGGGGUGGGUCAAGUUGAGCAGCUGCAGCAACACCUCGCAAACUUUGAGCCUUCAUCAGAACAAACAGAACAGCAGGAAGAGGCCCAGACUGGUGUGGAGUCACUUCGGCCAGUGAAUGAUGAUACAGAGGCUGCUAAUGAGAUAGCACAACAAGAGCCACGAAAAGGUGAGAGGGUCCGCAGGUUAACUGAAAAGGGCAGAGAACUGCGCGACGAAAGGUGGAGACAGCUCGAACAUCGUUUCAGGGUCAGCUAUGAGAAGUGGAAGGCUCUGGUAAAGGAAGCAAAACUGUCACUGACAGGCUGUUGCUCUGAAGACCUACUAGAAGACCUCAAACAAGAUUAGCCAUACCUCAGAGCUAAACCUUGUCUACGUAAAUUUGCGUCAAAUCGACAUUCCCGACAACGAUAUACGACGCAGAGUUGAUACUUGUGAAGCAGUUACAAUGUCUAUUAUCAAGACUGUAAGGUGUCAUUUAAAAUGCAGGGAAGAAGGUCAAAGUAACCAGAUAGAGUUGCACUGGAAGGACAGCAAUUCCUUGUGCAUGUCUGAACUCUCACAUAAGUCAAGUCUCAACUAUCAGCCCUCAAGUGCUUCCUCCCAGUCUCAAAGCAACUCAAAGGUCAACUCCAGACGCUCAAGCGUGUCAUCUGUCAAGAGACAAGAGGCUGCGGCGGAAGUUGCUGCUAACCAAGCAGCUUUAGAAGUAAUGGUUAAGCAAGAACGCCAACUAGAAGAGCUUCAGCGACUUGAAGAUGAAGAUAAGAAGAGGACAGCGGAGCAAGAAGCUGAGGCUGUGAAACGCAGCUUAGAAGAAGCUAGGCUGCGAGUCAAGUUAGAGGUAGAAAAUGCUGCCAGACGAAGGACACUAGAAGACAAGCGUAGAGAUUUAGAGCGCCUAGAAGUGCUCAAGAAACUAAAUGCUGCCAAGGCGCGAAUGCAAGUGUAUGAGCAAGAUGAAAACUCAGAGGACGAGAAGAGAGAACUACUCUCUAACUGCAAAUCUGUGAAAGAAGUCACGCACAGAAGUGGCUCAUUUCACAGUCUCUCACCACAACAUGUUGUGACAAGCACACAGCAAGAAGAUGGCACCAAGACCAUGUUCAGGUUACUAGUGGAAUCAAUCAGUGAAAGCCGCCUCCCCAUACCAGAACCAGUAACAUUCAAUGGAGAGCCUCUCUCGUACUCUGACUGGAAGGUCUCUUUUCAGACUCUGAUAGACAGGAAGAACAUACCAACAACUGAGAAGAUAUAUUACUUAAGAAAAUAUGUCGGUGGGCCUGCCAAGAAAGCCAUCGAAAGUUACUUUAUGUUAGGAACAGAAUCAGCCUACCAUGCUGCUUGGACCAUUCUUGAAGAAAGGUACGGAAACAAAUUCUUCAUCGCCAAGUCUUUCAGAGAUAAGCUCAAUGCAUGGCCUACGAUAGGAUCCAAGGACAGUCUUGAACUUAGAGACCUUGUAGACUUUCUUCGCAGCUGUGAAGCUGCUAUGUCUCAGAAUAAGGGCCUGGAGGUGCUUAAUGACUGUAAUGAAAACCAAAAGAUCCUCGCUAAACUUCCAGAUUGGCUAACUUCAAGAUGGAAUAGAAAGGUCACAGACAUCUUAGAAGAAACGGAGAUCUUUCCUAGCUUCAGUCAGUUUGUGAAGUUUCUCACGAGAGAAGCCAAGAUUGCUUGCAAUCCUGUAACAUCCCUUCAUGCUUUGAAACCAAGUGAAGAUGGGAAACUUAAGACGCCAAGGAUUCAAAACCCCGGAGCAAGGGUAUUAGCAACUAACUCUGAUGAGAAAGAUACUGUUACUAGUUGUGUCUUCUGUGAGAAGUCAGGUCACAGUCUCCACAAAUGCUGGAAGUUCAUGGAUAAGCCCGCCGCAGAGCGACAGAAGUUUGUUCAACAGAAUAAAGCCGCCAGUUAAAAUCAAGGAACGGUU